AUCAAUAAUGAACAAUUACAUGCUGCAACCAGUUUCAUUCAUUCACAGAGUGACAAAACCCAGAAAAAAAAAAUGCUCUGAAAUUUAAACCUGCAGCAAAAAAUGGGGAAGAACAGCAAGAAGCAGAGGCAUCAACAGAAACCUUUAGCUCGUCAAAGAAACUCUAAUUUUCCUCCAGAAGAUGAACAUUACCCUCCUCUUUCUCUCCCCAAUAGCGAAGAAGAAACCCCAGAAGAAGAAGAACCUGAACCAGAAAUUCACCAAACCCCUUCUUCCGAUGAUUCAAUUCCUUCAAAGUUUUCUCUCUAUCAACAAUCUGUUCAGUCACCAAAAGGGGAUAUAAGCUAUUUGCAGAAGUUUUUCUUGAUGUAUGUUGGUGGGAGGGCUCCUCUUCAUCUACAGGAGGAUUUUUGUGGCACUGCUCUUAUUAGUACAGAGUGGCUUCGAACUGACCCUCGGAGGACUGCUAUAGGCGUAGAUUUUGACCUCGAGGCACUCAUGUGGUGCGUGGAAAACAAUGUUGACAAAGUUGGCAACGACAUCCGUUCGGGAAUCUCUCUUUUUCAUGGAAACGUUUUGCAGCCUCUCGAAGCUAGACUUGUCAAAUUGGAUCCUGAGGAUCUCAUUCAGAAAGUAACUAUCCAAGAGAGUAAUGAUGCCACGCUGAAAAUCCCAGCGGAAAACUCUCUGGGAUCGGCAGCUUCAGUUAGUGGUGGAAUUUUUAAGAAGGAUUUCUCACUGCCUGCAAGGGAUAUUGUGUGUGCUUUUAAUUACAGUUGUUGCUGCCUGCAUAAGCGGAAAGAGCUUGUUGCAUAUUUCAAAUUUUCCCUUGAUGCUUUGUCCAAGAAGGGUGGUAUAUUUGUCAUGGAUUUAUAUGGUGGUACUUCAUCUGAGCACGAAAUAAAGCUCCAGAGGAAAUUUCCCAAUUUUACGUACACUUGGGAGCAAGCGGAAUUUGAUGUUAUUCAGCGGAAGACCAGAAUCAGUCUUCACUAUCAGCUUCACAAACCACAGAAAAAAAUUCGCAAUGCCUUUUCUUAUAGCUGGAGGCUGUGGUCAUUGCCUGAGAUAAGGGACUGUUUGGAAGAAGCUGGUUUUGGAUCUAUCCAUUUUUGGAUUAGAGAGAUGCCGGACACCGAGAGAAACAGAAGCACUCGGGGAUUUGGCACCUCACGAGAUGAUAAAUACGAAGAGGCGUCAAGUUUUCAGCAACAAGAUGCGUGGAAUGCCUAUAUUGUAGCUGUGGCUUAAGUAUAUAUUCAAAUCUAUACAGCACAUUGGCAAAAGUUGCAAUGCAGAGAAUUCACUUCAGGAGGGAUAGUGGUACGCUUUCUUUCCUGCAAAACUCAUUGGAAAAGCACUACUUGUUUUUAUCUCCUAACCUAGAAUCAGGAAUCAGGAGUCCAGUAUUUUAGUUUAGUGGAUUUUUGAUGUGUGUUCUUCUUGUAACCGAAAAAAGAUUUGAAUGCCUAGAGGCUCAAUAUGUCUCAUAAACAAGCUUUGGACCCUAGGAUUCUCAAAUUGUAUUCAUUUGAGCAGGCAUGUUUUAAACACUCAGACAUAGGGGGGAAGCAUUGGCCAAUAUAUCAUUCUAGAUAAUGCACUACUUUAUAGAUACU